AUGAGAAGCCAAAGUCGUAUUGAUAGGGCCUUUGCAUCAGUGGAGUGGUUUUCUACCUUCCCCAGUUUGAGGAUGUGGGGUUUGCCUAGGGGUCUAUCUGACCAUUCACCUUUGCUUAUAGAGACUGAGAAGAUAAAUUGGGGACCAAAGCCUUUCAGGGUAUUGGACUGUUGGUGGCAGCAUCCUUGGUUCCUCACCACUGUCCAAGUCUUUUGGCAGGAAAUUAAAUCCCACUCACCUAAUGAUCUGCAGCUCUUUAAAAAAUUUCAACUGUUGAAGAAGCUAUUGAGAAUAUGGAACACUGAGGUGUUUGGCAAUGUGGAGAAAAAGGUGGCAGUGUUAGAGAGUGAAGUGGAUAAAUGGCAUUUAACUGCGGAGGAAAGGUCUCUCUCAGAAAGGGAAAUUGAGGAGGUAAGGGCACUGGAAUCUGAAUUAUGGAAGGAAUGUAGAAAGAAGGAGUGCAUAUGGAAUCAAAAGUCCAGGGUAAAAUGGACAGUUGAAGAUGAGCAGUCAGAUUACUUACCAUGGGAAGGGCUCCGAUUCAAACUAGUCCCGGACAAUGUAGCUGCCUCAAUGGAACUCCCCUUCUCAAAUGAUGAAAUUAGGAAGGCAGUGUGGAGUUGUGAAGGGAAUAAAGCACCGGGACCUGAUGGUUUCAAUUUUAAUUUUAUUAAAAGGGCUUGGGAUAUUAUUGAGGAUGAUGUAUAUGGGCUGGUUCAUAAAUUUUAUGCAUCAGGGAAGCUUCCACAAGGGGUAAAUUCCUCUUUCAUCACCUUAGUGCCCAAAAUCAGUGGAGCUAGUAAACUAACUGAGUUCAGACCAAUAAGUUUGGUAGGUAGUCUGUAUAAGAUAGUCUCUAAAUCUUUGGCAGAAAGAUUGAAGACAGCCCUCCCAUAUGUAAUCAGCGAAUCACAAUCUACUUUUAUGAAGGGGAGGCAAAUAUUAGAUAACAUUCUAAUUGCAAAUGAGGUUGUCCAUUUUAUAGAAAGAAGAAAGAAGAAAGGUCUCUUGUUUAAGCUGGAUUUGGAAAAAGCUUUCGAUUUUGUGAAUUGGAGGUACCUCGACAUGGUUAUGUUAAGAAUGGGGUUUGGUGUCAAAUGGAGAAGUUGGAUAAUGGAAUGUGUCUCAACAGCAUGUGUUUCUAUACUAGUGAAUGGCUCUCCAACUAAAGAGAUAAGGAUGCAAAAAGGGAUUCGACAAGGAGAUCCGUUGUCUCCCUUUCUCUUUAACAUCGCAGCAGAAGGCCUUCACCAAUUAUUCACAUUGGCAGAGGAAAAGGGCCUAUUGAAAGGCAUUGUGAUUAAAAAGGAUGCCCUUAGCAUAUCCCAUAUCCAAUAUGCUGAUGACACCCUUAUUUUUUGUAAAGCCAAAGAGAGUAGCAUACAAAUGGUGAAAAGAAUAUUGAGAUGUUACCAGCUUAUCUCUGGACUUAAGGUCAACUUCUCUAAGAGUUCUCUUAUUGGGAUUGGCUUGGAUAGACAGUGGACUGAGAACAUGGCUGCCAAGCAUCAAUGCAGGGCUGAGGCUUUACCAGUUAAGUAUUUGGGGAUUCCUUUGGGUGCAAAUUUCAAGCUGGCCAAGACAUGGAAACCUGUGGUGGAUAAUUUUCAAAAAAGUUUAGCAAAGUGGAAAGGAAGGCAGCUCUCCAUUGGUGGCAGAUUGACGCUAGUUAAAGCAGCCCUGUCAAACUUGCCAAUCUACUACAUGUCCUUGUUCAAGAUGCCUGUGUCAGUGGCAAGAAAACUGGAAUCUUUGCAGAGAAAUUUUCUAUGGGGAGAUUCAGAUGUAAAGAAAAAAUUACACCGUGUUAACUGGAAACAGGUUAUCCAACCUAAGAAUGCUGGUGGACUAGGGAUAGGAGAUAUCACCUUGAAGAACAAGGCAUUGCUAUUUAAAUGGGCCUGGAGAUUUUUGAAGAAUGAAGGGGCAUUUUGGAGGUCAAUCAUUAGUGGGAAGUAUACUAGAAGAACUCAGUCUCUACUGCCAUCUUUAACCAUUCCAAUAUCACCUUCUGCAUCCUAUUUGUGGCAUAGCGUCCAGACUCUAGUUUCAUCUCAAGAUUCCUUUUGUGGCAGAUUCUUUCAGGAGGGUAUUGGCUUUGGCAUUGGGAAUGGAAGUGGCAUAAAAUUCUGGCAGGAUAGAUGGGUAGCUAAUAGGCCCUUGUGUGAAAUUUUUGAAAGGUUGUUCAGAAUAUCCCUACAGAAAGCAUGCAAGAUUGAAGAGAUGGGCUAUUGGAGUAACAAUAGAUGGCAAUGGAGUUUUUUAUGGAGAAGGCCUCUAUAUAGAUGGGAAGAGACUAAAACUGAUGAACUACUACAAUUGCUUUCAACAUGUGUAUUAUGCCCUAACAAGAAAGAUAGAGUAAUUUGGUUGUAUACCCCGAAUGGAGAUUUUACAGUCAAAUCACUCUAUGGAAAGUUAGUUGAACCUCUCGGGCAAAACCCUCCUCAACUGGGCCAACUCUCAUACAAUGCAGUAUGGAAGAGCCUUGCACCUCCGAGGGUGGAAAUCUUUGUAUGGAUCUUGUUGUUUAAGAAACUACCCACCAGAGACAACUUGACACGCAAGGGAAUCAUACUAGCAUCAGUGGUCUGGUCAAUAUGGAAAGAAAGAAACGAUGUAAUUUUUAGAGGAAAGGUGGUGGAUUGGGUCUCGUUGCUGCCUAUGAUCUUUGUCAGGCUGCAAAGGUGGGCAAUAUCUUUGGAUCCACAUUUCAUAUACUCUAGCCUACAACUUCAACACAAUGUUGAAUGUGUCAAGAAUUGGAGUAAUCAAAGAUCUGUACGAUAUCAACCCUAUAUACAGUGGAUUCCUCCUCAUGGUGACAUACUGAAAUGGAAUGUUGAUGGGUCAGCCCUUGGAAAACCAGGUAGGGCUGGAAUAGGAGGAGUUCUGAGGGACUCUUUCGGUUCAAUGGCUUGCUUAUUCUCAUGUAGUAUUGGGGUGUGCGAAUCAAAUGAAGCGGAGUUGAGGGCAAUCUACAAAGCACUGGACUUAACAGCCUCAAGUUCCUCGCUGAUUCGGAGGAGUGUCAUUAUUGAGUCUGACUCCCUCAAUGCAGUCAAAUGGGUUGCAGAAGAAUGUGAUCCUCCAUGGAAACUUGGCCAAAUAGCAAAUUCAAUUAUCCUGCUAAGACAUAAAGUACCAAGCAUCUCCUUGCAGCAUACUCUAAGGGGAAGGAAUGACUUAGCAGAUCUGCUAGCAAAAGAAGGCACCAGGAGAAGCUCUGAUUUUCUAAUUUGGUUCUAG